UUGUACUCGCGGCUCCAAACUUACAAGCAGUGAUGAUUCUUCAUCGUCUGUUUUCCCUAAUCUCCUACAUAAUUCUACUUCAACAAGCAAAAGACUGUUUAACAGCGGACAAGCAUGGCAGAGUAUUUACUAAAGGGAAAGGCGAAACUUUGGGCGUUUCUACAGGGGACACAGUCGUUUCUAGUCUCAUCGUCAGCACCAUGACUCAAAAAAUACCCGUGCAUCCCCCUUAUCGAUGGUAUUAUGCUAUCAGGAAUGAUCAACUCCUAUUCUUCACCUACUACACGAAAGGAAGGUUCUUCCCGAAACUAAAGCCGAAGAUAAUCCAGCCGAAGACAGGGAAAUACGCGAAAAUCAACUUCAUAAACCACGGGAAGAAGAAGAAUCACAUCGGCCUGGUCGGAAGCCUCAUUGGUAUCCUCAUGACAACGAAGGAACUGCCGUUCAACCUCCUGUUCUGCAACAGCAAACACUACGUCGAGUACCUCUCGCGAGGCUACUCCAAAGGCCGCUGGUACAAGCUCCUCUACAACAGCACCAGCAAGAACUGCCCGGUCUACGCCGAGCUCGACAACAGUUCGAACUUGCUCUACGGGGUUUUCGAUUCGCGGAGCUUCGUGCUCAAGGACAAGGUGGGGAACAAGAUCCCGCUUGAGGUAUAUGAUUGGCCGUGGGAUGUAAUGCCGUAUUCGCCGGAGAUGAAUAGAGACAGACAGGGAACGUGGCACUUUAAGACGGAGGCUAGAGACGAUCCUAACUCGAAGUCCAUGGGCCACCACUAG